AAGAGUCAUCAGUUUUUUCCCCCCUUUUUACAGGUUGGUUACAAAAAAAAUUUAAAUCUGGAAAGACAAAAUCAACCCAACAGGACAAGAGCACAAAUGCUGAAAACCCCCUGGUGUCCACCAGCAGUGCAUCUGCAUCGUCUUCAUCGACUUCAGCGUCCAUGAGGACAACCGUUUUUAUACCCCAGCGAUUAAAUGACGUCUUGAACUCAGAGCUGAGAUGGAGACGAAAAUACGACGUGUUUGUGUGCCACAGCUUCGACCCCACAGACACCGAAGAGGCCAAGCGCCUGGUCUUGUUCCUGGAGGAGGCACCCCGCAGUCUCAGAUGCUUUCUGUGGGAAAGGGACACGUGUCCAAGUGGAGCCAUUCCCACAGAGUUCUGCCAGGCACUGGAGAACAGCCAUUUACGGGCUCUGCUAAUCACCCCCAGCUUUGUGCAGGAUGAUUGGUGCAUGUAUAUGAUGCACCAGGCUCUGUCAGAGGCACCAAUGUCCAACAGAGUGAUUCCCAUGCUUCAGAACCUGUCCCACUCUCAGUACCCGCAGGAACUGAAGUUCUACUACUACAUUGACCUGAGCAAGAACCCAGACCAAGGCUUCAGUUUGGUCAACAAGACAGUGCACAAGAUCCUGGAAAGCCUGAUUCAGAAUGAAAUGAAACUCAGAAGCCUUUCGAACGGCUCAAGCUGUGGAUACGAUGGACGUGACAGCACGCAGUAACACAAAGUGGUGUCAGAGCACAACUCUGAUCUAUUCCAUUGGAAGUGACACAUCAAAGAGGUUAAAGCAUCAGGAACUUUCGUUGUGACAGUUGUGUGUGAUGCACGAUGAAAGAUUCUGAAUCACAUAAAAACCAAACACUGCUGCUAUUCACUGAACUUAUGUUAUUUAUUAUUUUUACUGACUUAUUUGUACAAAACUGCAUGUAAGUGUCGAUCUUACAGUGAACAGGAAGCUGCUGCAGAAUUAAAGAAGUAGUUUGUAUGCUAAUCUUAACUGGAAACUCCUAUAAUUGUUUUGGUGGUUGUAAUGAAACGUGAGACAAUGGUGAAACUCACAAAUUAUUACAGUAACUGAGAAGAUGCCGUUACACAGUACAUUGUUGUGUUGUAUCUUUUUGUUUAAUGGUAUUGUCUUUAAAAGAAGACAAAUCACAUUUACAUAUCCUUCUUUUUCACAUUUGAAUCAUUUAGCUGGGGUCUUUAUGAAGUGUAAUUGCAAUGCUUUGGUCUGAAUUCCUCUCAACUGUAACUCCACAAGCCCCUCUUUCGCCCCGUUUCUGAGUUAUGUCACAGUUAAACUCAUUUUGAUGCUGUCUCUUUAAAUCCAAAUGAGGCACUUCACACCCGGCAGCCUCCAACUUCCGGAAUGGUCCAUUGUGGUUUGAUAGCUGAGGUAUGACUAUAUAGCAGCACAGAAAUGUCAACAACAGAAGACUUGUCCAUCCAGCCUUACAUGUUAGAGCCAGAGUCUGACCCGGAGCCAGAGGAGAAUGGAGCCGACAAAACGGUAGUCGAUAAGUCCAGGCACUCCAAGUAUACAACAAAAUGCAUUUUGCAUUUGUUUUUUGCAUCAAUUUGAUACCAUACUGUAGCUGCGUUUCCAUUGACC